AUUUUCUAUCCCACCUCAUUCGUUACAAAUCCCAAAAUGCCGGUUCCUCUGCUGGCGGAGGGUUUUGGCAGAGGUAUCACCAACAUUCCACAUAUCUGGACAGCUGCUCAGGUGGUUGUUGGCAUUGCAUUGAUUUACCUUCUCAAGUCGUACUUUGGCGGUGCGUCAUGUCGGGCAGAGCGGGUGAUGCAUGGGAGGGUGAUUUUGGUGACAGGUGGAACUUCAGGAGUUGGAGCUGAAGUGGUGAAAGAGCUCGCAACCAGAGGAGCCCAAAUCGUACUCCUGACCCAUCAUGCCCCGUCCGAUCCCUUUCUCGUGGAUUACAUCGAAGACCUCCGUACAGUGACGAACAACGAAUUGAUAUAUGCGGAACAAGUCGACCUCUCCUCCCUCCACUCGAUCCGCGUGUUCGCGACCAAAUGGGUGGAUAAUGCUCCUCCUCGAAGACUGGACAUGAUCGUCCUCUGUGCGAGUACGAUGACACCAUAUUUUGCAAAAGGGCAGGUCACAGUCGAUGGACUCGAGGCUGAGUGGAUGAUCAACUACUUGAGCGCAUUCCAUCUCCUGAGUAUUUUGUCACCAGCACUCAGGGCCCAACCCCCGGAUCGAGAUGUCAGGAUUCUGUUCAGCACGUGCAGCAGUUACAUUGGCGGACAAAUGAAAUUCGAAAAGACCGAGUCUGCCGCCACAUCAGGCAGUACAUCUUACGCUCGCAGUAAGCUGGCUGUCAUGGUCUUUGCCCAUGCAUUCCAGAAACACCUCGAUGCCUACAAAAGACCAGAUGGACAGCCAAAUAACUCGCGUGUGUUGGUCGUCGACCCAGGAUUUUCACGCACGCCAGGAACUCGACGCUGGCUUUCUGGUGGUUCUCUGUGGGGACUGUUGUUCUAUCUUGUCUCGUGGCCUGUCUGGUGGUUGAUUCUCAAGUCAGCCAACCAAGGUGCUCAGAGCUAUCUCCUUGCCGCCAUGGAGGCCGCCUAUGGGCGAGGUGAAGGCGGCAAGUUGAUCAAAGAGUGCAGAGAAUUUGAACCCCUUCGACCUGAAGUCCAGAACGAACAAGUUGCUAAGAGACUUUGGGAGUUCAGCGAAAAGCAAAUUGAGCAAGUGGAAAAAGAAGGGGCGGUGAAGAGAUCUCUGGCUAAAAAGGAAGCUGAAGUCAAGGAGAAGAAGUCAGUAAAUGAACCAGUUUCUUCCGAGAAGAAGCAAACUGCAGGAUCCAGGAGAAAUCGAAAAGCGAAAUAAAUUCAGCCUGUACCUUAUUGGUUCUGAGCAUCAUCUGUCCAAAUGCUCGAUGAUGCUCGGUGAUGCUCCUUCCCUUUGCGAAUACGUCUCGAGGUCUUGGCGAAAGCUUCGCCCGCAGGCAACAGACCGUCACGUCCAGCAGA